AUGCACGCCGCGCGGGUGGGGAGGGGAAGAUGGGCCGAUAUGCACACUUCAUGCAAGGGUGCGUCAUUUCAGUGCCUGUUCGCUUCUUGUUCCGCUCUCAGCGGUCUCCGCACCCUUUUUUUCUCUCCCUCCCCCUCCCUUCCACACACGUUAACACCGCUCUUCUCCCUCGAGUGGCCUCGCAGCGGUGCGUGCCCCCGUUGCCAGCGUGUUUGCGGUCUCUUCUCCCCUCUCGCGGUUUCGCCAUCUUUUUUUUUCAUUGUGCCAUUUUCCACCCAACCAAGCACACCAUCCUCCGCGUCUGCAGCAGUGUGGACCGCCAUUGUUACUGCCAUGGACGCUGCUGCACCCCCUUCACGGCCGACGCCGCAGUUCCGCUACAUGGACGUGCUGGUGGAGAGCAGCAACAACCAUGAAUUAGCAGCGCUGGAAACAAUCCGGGAGGCCAGCCAGUCUCGAGAGAAUGCGACCAAGAAAGCUUCAUUCAGCCCGAAUGAUACUGCAGCUGCACGUGAUCGGCAACUCGUGACUCGCGUGCCAACGCCGGAGCGCAUUCGCCGCGCCUCGGCGCGCCUUUAUAACGAUAUUCAUGCCAUCAUGGAUCGUCACGACGCUCGCACCGGCCGCGAGCGCAAGCUGCGUCGCCGCGCCUCACGAGAGACGAGCAUUUCGUACGUGGCGGAGCAGCCUGGUAGCCUACACCAGAGAGUGGCUGUCGCUCCCCACACCUCACCCGCGGCGAAGACGGCGCUGCCCAAAGUGCAUCAGUUGUUUGAGGAGUCGCGGCGGGCUCACCUGGCAGAGGCGCAGCAGCAGCGCACAUACUUCCCAUCUUCUAGCAAACCCACCGCUUACUCCCCCAAGAACCCCAGCACGUUUAGCUAUCGAUUCCAGUCGCCUCCGUCAGCCGGCAGCAGUGCGUGA